UCUUCGACGUCUAUCAACCUCUGAAAAAGGUAAACGGAAACAUGAACAAUGCAGUGAAACCACACCUAUGGCAUCAGAGGUGGACUGUCUCCAGGACAGUUUUGAGGAGAUAGAGGUCACCAUUGAAAACGACGAAUGCAACCGUGUGAAGAACGGACUAUCUGACUUGACUAGUGACAUGGAAAACGUUGAAGAAAUAACUGAGCUGAGUGCUCCAAGAGCUGCUGAUAGCUGUGAUGAAGAUGUCUACGUACCAAUAAUUCCUCAGAGGUCCACGAUGUCUGAACUUUUUAUGGAGUGUGUUGAGGAGGAGCUGGAGCCGUGGCAAAAACAAGUUCCUGAAGUUAACUUGAUUGAUGAUGAUGAUGAUGAUGACGAUGAACCCAUCUUCGUUGGAGUACUCUCUAAUAACCAGAAGGAUGGCAAGCCAACCCCUCCAACUCCUCAGAGAGACGAUGCAGGGAAACAAGAGAUAAAACCUCCUGCUCCUCAGCCUGCCAUUGGCUCCUCGCCAAUGAUGCUGCCAUUGAGUGUGGCUGGAAAUGCAGUAAAUACUGCAGCACCCAAUCUGAACACAGUGACCCCCCAACCUGUUAUUAUCAAUAACCAGGGCUUCAUUGUCACGUCUCCACAACUGGCAAACAACCGUGAGUUCAUUGCCUCUCUUGGGAGCCAGUACCCUCCUGGGACUUCCUUUACAAUUGUACCAGCUAGUCAGCAGCAGCUUUUCCAGCAGGUCACUUCAGCCACAGUACUGCCCCGUGCGGUCCAUCGGCCUCAGGUGCAACAAAUUAGCAACAACGUUGUGACUUUGUCUAACGUGCAGAGUCCUGCUGUGUAUUCAGCACAAUCUCACCAGCUGCAACUCGUCCAGUCCAAAUCGCAAUCUCUUCAGACCUUUUCUGUGCCUGUGAAGGCCAAUAACAGAGAUCCUAGUUUUGUCAAACUAGGAUUACAGCCAAUAGAGAGCGCAGCAAAACGACCCAAGCUUGAUUUGGGGCCAGCAAAAGUAAUUGUCCCUGCGGAAAAUGGGAUUUCAAAGAAAAAGUGCCCAAAGUGUCAAGAAGAAUUCCUUACACAGGAUGCCCUGAAAUUUCAUAUGUUGAGCUGCUGUACAGUUGUGGAAAGUACAGCUCCAUCAGCCCUAAACGUUGUUUCAAACAAGCGCAUCAUGCUGGUCUCAGACUUCUACUACGGACAGUUUGAGGGAGAUUUGGACAAGAAGGACGGGCAGAAGCCAAAUACUACUUUCAAGUGCCAGAGCUGUUUAAAAGUUCUCAAGAACAAUAUCAGGUUCAUGAACCACAUGAAGCACCACCUGGAGCUUGAAAAACAGAACAGCGAGAGCUGGGAAAGCCACACAACUUGCCAGCAUUGCUACAGACAGUACAUGACUCCAUUCCAGCUGCAGUGCCACAUCGAGAGCGCUCACAGCCCGAUCGAAUCCUCAACCAAUUGUAAGAUUUGUGAGCUAGCGUUUGAGUCAGAGCAAGUUCUCCUGGAGCACAUGAAGGACAACCACAAGCCCGGGGAAAUGCCCUAUGUCUGCCAGGUCUGCAAUUUCAGGUCGUCUUUCUUCACGGAUGUGGAGACGCAUUUCCGAAGUGUCCACGAAAACACAAAAGACCUGCUCUGUCCCUUCUGUCUCAAAGUUCUUAGAAGUAGUCAUAUGUACAUGCAACACUACAUGAAACAUCAAAAAAAAGGGAUCCAUCGCUGUGGGAAAUGCAGACUGAAUUUUCUCACUUACAGGGAGAAAGUGGAUCACAAGACUCACGUCCACAAGACUUUCAGAAAACCUAAAGCCCUCGAAGGCCUUCCUCCAGGAACAAAGGUGACGAUUCGAGCCUCCCUUACAGGAAAGACCCCCACCUUGGUGAACUCCCCUGAUCAAUCUGGCUUUAUUGUCAGUCCAGAAACACAAAGUUUCAACCCGCAAACCAAACCUCCAGCCAGUGCAUCCAAGUUCAAGUCAAACAUCUCUGGAGCAGGAAAAGCCAAGGCUACUCCAAGUAAGAAGCAAGAUAACCGGAAUACUCCCAAGCACAAUCUGGCGCUCAGGAAUCUCAGAGUCAAUGGAGGGCGGUUCACUUGCAUUGAGUGCAACACACGAGUUGAUCACUUCUUUUCUCAUUUCCCAAUGCUUUCAAAUUGUGGUGCGUGCAAAUAUCGGACAAGUUGCAAAGUCUCCAUUGGAAAUCAUAUGAUAAGAUUCCAUAGUACCAUAACCAAAAACAGAUUUUUGAAAAUGGACCAUAAGAAAUAUCCUUCUGCACCAAGAUUUACCCUGGUCUGUCUAAACUGUGACCUCCUCGCAGGCGCAUCAGGCGGUGACCUGAUGACCAAACAUUUAACUGACAGACCAAAUCACGUAUGCAAAGUCAUUCAGGAGAAAGCAGAUAACAAAGCCAAAGAGCGAGUGCAUCUCAUCUUAGGGCAGCCAGCAAAAGUCUUGUACGUCUUGAAUUCAGCGCCUUCUCAAAGACCAAAGGAAAUGGACUUGAAACCAGUUGAAAGUGUUACUCUCGCCACUGUUGACCAACUACACUCACAGCCCAUGCUACUAGCAGGUGAUCAGGAAAAGGGUUCCACAGAAACAAGUUUUGUUGAAGGUUCUUCUGAAGGACAUUUAAAGCAGUCGUCCCUGCCCCCUUUAUCGUCUCGCUGUACAUCAGACAGAUUUAGAGAUUCAGAUCUCUGUGAAGAGUCAGUGGGUAACUCAGAGAGCCCAGAAUUCAUAGAGCCACUCCCUGAGCAUGAGACUAGGGAACAACAUGUCACAGAGCAGCUCCCUGAGCCCAAGACUAGAGAACAUGUCACAGAGCCGCUCCCUGAGCCCAAGACUAGAGAACAUGUCACAGAGCCGCUCCCUGAGCCCAAGACUAGAGAACUUGUCACAGAGCGGCUCCCAGAGCCCAAGACUAGAGAACAUGUCAUAGAGCAGCUCUCUGUGCCAGAGACUAGAGAACAUGUCAUAGAGCAUGAGAGUAGGAAACAUGUCAUAGAGCCGCUUCCUGAACCCGAGGCUUGUGAACAGGUCACAGAGCCGCUCCAUGAGCCUGAGACCAGUGAACAUGUCAAAGAGCCGCUCCCUGGGCCCAAGACUAGUGAACAUGUCAUAGAGCCGCUCCCUGGGCCCGAGACUAGUGAGCAUGUCUUAGAGUCGCUGCCUGGGCCCGAGACUAGUGAACAUGUCAAAGAGCCGCUCCCUGGGCCCGAGACUAGUGAACAUGUCAUAGAGCCGCUCCCUGGGCCCGAGACUAGUGAACAUGUCAUAGAGCCGCUCCCUGGGCCCGAGACUGGGAAACCACCAACUUAAUCAGAAAACCUUUACAUCAACUAAACAAUGUACAUGAAACAAUAAUGAAUCAUCAGUCAUACCUCUGCAUUGUUUCUUUUAGAAACAAAUGAUAAUGUUGCUUUAGCUACUAAUCACCUCAAGAUUUGUGUGUUUGACAAGUCAAUUUCAACAGGAAUAAUAUUUUAUCAUAUUUCUUUUCUCUCAAGCUUCCAUUGCCUGAAUAGAUGUAAACUAUCUUCUUAGUUAUGAAUAAAACAACAUCCACCACAGUGUUCUUAGUGGCCCCAUAAACUAUGUAAUAAAAGAAUUUGCAUAGUUAUACUUUUCAACAUCAGAAUUGGAACUGAUGAUUGUUGCUCAUUUUUGUAUUUCUUAAAUAAAUUCAAAAACUGUUCAAAGUUGUCCUUAAAAAACAAAGAACAUCAGGCAUAAAGAGGACAGUAUUGGGCUCGGAUCCUGAUCCCCGGUGGCAAUUAGAUGAUUUGCCUAAAGGGACUGUACUUGACACUCUGAACAUUAAGGUAGAAGCAAACUUAUAUUUUCUAUGUAAAGAUUUAGUGAAGUAAAAUGUUCUGAAUAGAGAAGUUCCUCUCCCUCUUUCUUUUGUAAUCUGAGCUUCUGUGUUCUUUGCUUUGAUAGCCGGUCCAGCCAUGUGUGCAUGUGACUGAAAAAGAGUUGGUACUUCAUAAAUUUGGGAACUGUCUGAGAGAGCUGUGUGGAGGCAAUCUCAGCCCUCUGUUUUCAGUUUUUUUCUCAGUAUUUUGAGUAGAACACCUUUUAACUGAGAAAGAUGAACACACCUGACUGUAAACUUAUUCCGUGGAACAGAAUAUACCGCUCACGCUCUCUGGUGAUUUAUUGAUGCAAUUUAUAUUCUCGAUGUAGUCCCCUUAAGUACAAAUACUAAAAUAAUUUUGUAAUAAUUUUAAAGGUGGAGUCUGCUAUUCUGGAGAAAGAUUAUUUGAACUCAACACCCAAACAAAUUCCUGGUUUGUGGCAGAAAUACUGGUUCAUGAUGUAUGUGGUACAUUAUAUUGUUACCAACUGGUUUUGGCUCAUCACUCAAAGUUGCUGAACUAAUAAGAAGUGUAUAGUGCAUGUAUAGAUAAUGCUAGUUUCAAAAUUGUAUUCCCUGAGAAAAAGGAUAUCAGAUCUGUGAAACGUGUGGAUAAAACAGAAGAAUUACACAAUGGUUGGAUAUAGUAGCUAGAAAAUAACCAUAACUAUUUGAGGAAUGAGCAGAAUAAUACCUUUAACUGUGCUGAAAGCGCCGGCUCAUAUAAGAUUUGAAACACAUUACUUUUGGUGGAUGUGCUCAGCAUGACACAUCUGUCAACCAAUUUUUACUCAAGUAAAAGUUG